GUCCAAGUGGAGAGAGAUGUAUUCCCUUAGUCUCAUUUGGGCGACGGCUGCGAAAUGAGCUGUUCCUUCGACGUGAUUCGUUGUGAAAAAACACCUGUGUGGCGCCGUGGGAAGUGAUUUUGUAUAUAUUGGUGCAACCGACAUGAGAUGACCUUCUUCAGUGCUGUGUAGACGCCGCCCGGACAUUCCCAGGUCCAGAAUUUUACCGGGGUUCAGCAAAGCAGGGUUCCCGGAUGGUGGAAUGUUCCGGAAACGCCUCGAAAAGGUGAUUCUCGUGGUGUGUUUGUCAGUUACCACCGCUGUGCUCGUUUACUGGAGGGUCCACAAUCAAGAGCUCGCGACCAUUGUCAUUGAACCGGCAUCCGAAGACCCCUUCUUGAGUCUCCCCUUCAACAUAAAAGAAAACGGGGCGUGGGUGGACCGCCCUCCUCGGGCUGUUGUGUUGUGGAGUCAACCUUUGGCCGGGUCUCUGGGUGUUGGGAAUCUGUUGAUGUCUGGUCUGAAGGAUUCUCUGGUCAGCUUCGAGCCCUUCGCCCCUGAGCAGCCGAUCCACCGCGCGCCCGAGGACAACACCACCCUUCACCACCAUCGGCUGAGUCUCCUGAACGACCUCCUUCACUGCCGCUACUUCAGGCACAAGGACCUCGUCGACCACCUGUUCAGUCGCUCGAGUUUCCUGUCACAGAAUUCAUUCCUGGUGUCGCGUUGUGAUUCUGUCCCGGAAAAAUGCCUCGGCAAUGGGACUUUCAUCAGUCAUAUUUGUCACGAAGCUUCCGUUCAUUUCCUGAAGGUACUACGUCUGGACAUAAGGUGGGUUCGCCCUUUGCUGGAAAACGUGGAUCUCGACCUGAAAGUCAUCUAUCUUGCAAGAGACCCUCGUGCGCUAAUUUACUCCCGAAGACAGGACCCCCGCUGCAACACCCGAGAGUGCGAGGACCCCGUGCAAGUUUGUGCCAAGUUGCAGGAGGAUCUGGCGGAGGUCCCCUUCCUGCUGCAAGAUUUCCCUGACAGCUUUACGUACUUGAAAUACGAGGACCUGGCUGUGGAUACAAACGGCACGGCGGUACAGGAUCUCCUGCUCUUUGUAGAAACGGACGAAUCGCCGUCAGGAAGUGUCCAAAGUGGCGUGGCUAGUGACGCGUUCCUCUGGCGAAAGGGUAUGGCUUUCGACGAGGUUCUGGAGGUACAGGAUGUUUGUGAAGUUCCCCUGAGGGCACUGGGGUACCGGAUUUUCGUGACUGAAGAAGAGUUUAGUAAUCCCUCCGUUCCUAUAAUUAAACAUGUCUACAACUAGUGACUGACGUUUUGUGAUGGAUUAAUUUUAGUGCUUAGAAAAGACAUGCUAUGGCCUCUCACUCUAUACAAAUUAUCAAAAAUUUGCAACAGCGAGUGACAGAGAAAGAAAAGAAAAAGCUCUAUCAGAGAAUGCCUUUAGGAUUAUACAAUUUAUAUCGCUUAAAAGAUGCGGAAAUUUACACAAAAUAUAGAUCAAAAAGAAAAUAAAUUUAGAACGACGUGGUUAAUGGUUCUGGUGUUUUCCAAUAUAAAUGAAUCUCCAAAUGUAUGUAUAUAUGCUAAUCCAAUUUUAACCACAGUUAUCGGAAGAGGAAAAUUCAGUCACAUUUAUAUAUAAUUAUAGAAAAUGAGUUCGUUAGCUGUAAAAAAGGACCAACCCUUGAUUAUCGCAAAGACUAUUUUUCGAUAUGAAUUCUAGUAAGACUGAUUUGCAGUUUGAAUACUAAUAAUAAAAGAAAUAAAAAAAGGAGAUAAUGAAAAGAA